UAUCCCGGUCAUUCGGGGUGGUGUCAGUGCCAUCUUUGGUGUUGGGUUCGGGAUCGGGCGAGGGAACUGAUAUUUCUUCCGUUUGUUGUUUGGAAGCCUGCCCAGCAUCUUCGAUGAUCAUUUCUUCCGUUACAGGCGUGCCGUCAAAUUCAUUCGACUCUUUCAACUGAGUCUCUGGAGUUGCCCAGUUCCAGGUGACGCAGUCCAGGACGAUACGCUCGGGUGGGCUUGGAAGCGCGUGUGACGAGGAAGUGGCCGCGAUAUCAGCUGGUAGAGGUGCGAACGGAUAUGGAUUGAGACGACUUUUCAGGGCCUUUGAUAGAUUCUUCAGUUUCAUGCUAGAUAGAGGAGCUUGCAUGAGUGACAAAUUAUCCUCUAGGUUAGAUACAAGCUGACGCAAUUGUUGGCCAGCAAAACCAUCUUCAAGGCCAGGUAAUGGGAGGAGAUUGUCAUAUAAUUCAUCAUUUCCAUCCAGUACAGCUUCGAGGCAAAACCUGGUGAUGCGCUGACUUCCGAGCAUAGCUGCUACAGAGGCAGUGCGCAGCCACAGAUCCAGAUCGGUGUCCUCCUUAUCCAACGCUUCAGCAAAGUAUGUCAAGGCGCCGCUGAUCUGACUUGAAAUCUGUUGUUGAGUUAUAGGGCCGUGUUCUAGGAUCCAAUGCUGCAUCAUUUCAAGUAGAAAUUGACCGUGAUUUUUGUACGACAGAUGGAGUAUCUGUGGCAGCGUGUUCGGGGCACUUUCGUUUCCGCCUGUCGCCUGCACGGGACCCGCAUCGUCAUCGUCCUGCAAUAUAGUAUCGAAAACCAAGCUAUCUCCAUAGAGCUCAUGGCGCUUGUAUUCCGAAAGCGACUCGGCGUACUUGAAUAUGUCAGAAUCGAAGAGCUCCUUGUAAGCUUCGGCAGUCUUCUCGAACGACGGAGGGCCUUCCGAGUGGUAUUUGAGUGCGGUCUGGUAGAGCUUCAACGCUUCUUCGAUUUGUAUUUCUUUGGUAUCGUCAACCUCAACUUCCUCCUCAUGGUCGGAUUCGACAUUCAGCGCAUUCCAGGUCGACUGGGAGACUGUUAAC